ACCCAUUACCACCAAACCGAAAACAAUUCAUUUACUAAUUGUACUUUAAAAACAAAAAAAUUAGAGUCUCCUCCUUCUCCAAACAUAACAUCAACAUCGAAGUUAUCACAAAAACCGGUCCAGAGUCCAAAUUUGUCCUAAACCGUAACUCCAUUCUCCUUCUUUCUCCUCCUCCUCCUCCUCCAUCAUCGAACAACAAUGGUAGUCGAAGCUUAUCAGCUAUUUCUUCCAAAACCCCCUUUCUUUUCUCCUUCUUUCCCUUCUCCACCCCCUCACUUUUCUUCUUUCCUUUUCCACCCCUCUUCUUUUUCCCUAGCUCUCUUCCAUUCCGAUUCUUCCAUCUCUCUCUACUCUCCCUUCUCUCUCUCUUCCUUUCCUCCUCCUCUGACCACCCUACCUCCUCCCAUCUCCGCCGCUUCUUUCCUCCUUCUCCGGAACCCUAAUCCCACCACACUCUUUCUCAUAACCUCUCCUGUUUCCGGCGGCGCUUCGGUUCUCCUCCGUUUCUAUAUCCUCAAUUCUGCGAGGAAGUCGUUUGCUCCGGCGAGGGUUGUGUGUAAUCAAAGUGAUUUGGAGUUUGAUGAGAGUAAAUUCGGGAUGGUUUUUAGGGUUUCUCAUGGGGUUUCGGUGAAAUUGGUUGGUGAUGUUAAUGUGUUUGCUUUGUAUUCGAUUUCGAAUGGGAAGGUUUGGGUUUUCGCUGUGAAGCAGUUAGGGGGUGAGGAGGUGAAAUUGAUGAAAUGUGCUGUGAUUGAUUGUUCUCUGCCCGUGUUUUCGAUUAGUGUUUCGUUUGGGUUUCUGAUUUUGGGGGAAGAUAAUGGGGUUAGGGUUUUUCCAUUGAGGCCAUUGGUGAAAGGAAGAGUUAAGAAAGAGAAGGGUGUGAUUACAAAAAGUUUGAAUAGUGAUAAGAUGGAGAUAAAAAGGCUACCUUUACGAAAUGGGAUGAUGAUUCACGGUAUGAAUGGAGUUAAUGCUGAGAUUUGUUCAGCUGAUGGUGGAAAAUUGAUGUGCAUUGAAACAGACCAGAAGUUAACUUCCAAUGUCGUAUUGGACGAAAGGAUUGAGAACCGUGCUGUAUCAGGUGCUGGAACACUUUCUGCAAAGUUAAGGUCUGUGAGACUCAGACAAGAUUCCAGAGAGGGGAUUGCAAACUUCAUGGCAUUCAAAAACAAGGAUGAUAAUUUUGAGUCGAUUAAGAUCCCGGCUAAGUCAGCAAAAGCAAUUGGCAUUCAGGCAUUAUCUUCAACCAAGUUUCUGAUCUUGGACUCUGAAGGAAAUCUUCACCUCUUGUUCCUUGCAACUUCUGUUGGAUCAGGGACUCCUUAUCACAUGAAACAGUUAACUCACAACAUGAAAGUUCGGAAGCUCGCUGUUCUUCCGGAUUCUUCUACAAGGUCACAAACUGUUUGGAUAUCAGAUUCACUACAUACUUUACACAUGAUUGCGGUGACUGACAUGGAUGCAUCUGUCAAUCAAACUGACAGGAAAGACCCUGCAGAGAUGCUUGUACAGACUUCAGUUGCACAAGCAAUAUUUUCCAAUGAAAAGGUCCAAGAAAUUGAAGCUUUGUCUGCAAAUACAGUAUUGCUUCUUGGACAAGGAAGCAUGUUUGCAUAUGCAAUUUCCUAGGGAUGCUGAGUGGUUUUUUCGUGGUCAGUGAGUCCUCCCCUUCAUUAACAUUUUUGUUCUACAUACAUUGGAUUCUCUGACAAGUCAAUUUCUUAUGGGCGUCAACCAGAAUUUUUAUGUAUCGACUGGCCUCAGCAAGAUGUUUUACAUGGGCAUCUUUACUUGUCAAUAUGAAUUUAUUUUGUUUGCUCAUGCGAAGAAAAAAAAUCAUUUUUUUCCUGAAAUGGCAAGAGUAUAUUAUUAAAGAACUACGAGACUAUGUUGCCCAGACUCUUCAAAAAAGGUCAAUGUGUGUGUGUCGGAUUCUCCAAAAGUAGUGUCGGCAUCGAAAGUGAAGCUUAGCUUCCAGCAUAAAGGCUGUGCUGGAGGGAUAUUUACAGAUCAAUAGUAAAACAAAAGAAAUCCUUGAUCUUCUAACAAGGAUUCAAGGAUAUCUAAUAAAGCCCUCUACAUCCUCCAAAAGUUCUUCUUUACACCAAAAAUCUUUAUUUUCUAUAUAAGGCUGCGUUGUCCUUCAAAAUACCUCGGCUUCCUUUCUCUCCAUACAGUUCACCAUGCAAAAUGCUGUGAGUGAACUCCAACGCCUCUUCUGCUUCACUGUUCCUCGUUGUUCUAGCACUCUAGAAGAUCUCCCCAGUAUACUUUGACAUAGCUCAUUUAAUUCCUUUUCAUACUGGAAUAAUUGCCACAUCAGUGACUUCACAGUGAAUGAAAAGGCGAUUGAUGAUCUCAGAUUCCUUCUCACAUUAAAAGCAUCUAGAGUAUAACUGUUAACCCUUCCUCUUCAGAUUUUUUCGUAUCGGUCAGACAUUUCUAACAACCAACCAUACAAACAGGCUACCUUGUAUGAUUUUUUAACCUUCCACAUAUGUUUUCAGGGCCAUAUCCAUUCUUCAUUUGCAGUUGUACCCUGAAACUGCUCUGAAACCUUAAAAAGCUGAGCAAUCCUGUUACUUUCCAGUCAUUGAGUAGUUUUCUGAAGUUUAAGUUCCAUCCCUGCUGUCCCAAACCUCAUGGAUAGUUGCAUCAGGUGUCUAGAAUAAACUAAAUAGGUCAGAAUGUUGCUCCUUUAAUGUUUGUGUACAAUCCAUUUGUCACUCCAGAAAGACAUUUUCGUUCCACCCCAACCUUGUAGUUUGUAGUAGCAGCCUAAGUUGCACGGACUAUUCACAUUUGUUGCUGCACGCGUGUCGGAUUCUCCAAAAAUACACUACUUUUGGGGAAUCCGACACGCAUUUGACAUUUUGAAGAGUCCGAGCAACAUAGUACUAGCAGCAAAA